AUGGCACACUUCUCUGGUCACCUGAUCACUGAUGUGGGUGCUGGUGCAGUCCUGGGAGCCCACAGUCUUCGUUAUGACCUCAAGGUGGUAUUCCAGUAUGGCUUUGUGCAAUCACAAAUUCUUGGUGAGGGGCAUUUAGAUGAAAAGCCCUUCCUGUACUAUGACAGUGAGAAAGGUAGGGCAGAGCCCUGGGGGCCAUGGGCAGAAGCCCACUUGGGAACUGAGACCUGUGACACAGAGACCAAGGACUUGACGGAGAGGGGGAUGGAACUCAAAAUGACUCUGGCAGAUAUCAUGCCCCUUACUGACCAGCAAAAAGGUUUGUAUUCCCUCCAGGAGACUCUGGGCUGUAAGAUCCAGGAAGAUAAGAGUGCCAGGGGCUUCUGGCAUUUCUUCUUUGAUGGGGAGCGCUUCCUCUCCUAUCACCCGGAGACCCAGAAAUGGAUGGUGCUCCGCUCUACAGUCCAGACCUUGGCUGUGGAAAUCAAGAAGAUCUGGGAUGCGGAUAGAGACAAAAGCAACAGUUACAGUCCCCGUGUGCAGGGAGAGACUUGUGGAAAAUUACAGAAAUAUCUAAAAUCCUGGAUGAGCUUCAAGGAGCAAAUAGUACCCCCAGCAGUGAAUGUGACCUACACUGAGUCUGUAGAAGGCAUCACCUUGAUGUGCUGGGCUUCUGGCUUCUAUCCCAGUGAAAUCUCACUGACCUGGCUACCGGAUGGGGAACCCCUGAGCCAGGACUCCCAGGACUAUAGGUGUGGCCUGCCUUAUGAGAAUGGAACCAGUGAGACCUGCGUGUCCAUAAGGGUUCCCAAAGGAAAGGAGCAGAGGUAUAGCUGCCACGUAGAACACGAUGGGAAGCACACUACAUACCCUGUGACCAUUGAACACGAGCAGCUACAGGACCCGGGCCAACUUGAGAAGGUGACAGCAGACAACAAUGGCAUCAUGCAGCUGGGCUCUCAGUCUCUGCUGUCAGCUCCUGAGUGUGUUAGUUCAGCUAGGGGAGCAUAG